AGUUUGAGGAUUCAGUACUUUUGGCGGAAAAGUCACAAUUCGGUUUAUUGCUUUGGUCUCUUGUUGUUUUCCCUAUUUCCUUCGAAAUGGAGCCCAGCGAAAUAGAGUUUCUGGCUGAAAACACAAUUGUGGGAGUCAUCCCCAACUUUACCUGUGAUGCAAUCUACUUGAUAUCUGGCAGUGUGGGCCCUUUUCGCGCUGGAUUGCCGGUGCACGUUCCUUUGUGGUUAGGUGUUCACCUCAGGAAGCGGCAGAGAUGCCGUUUUGUGGCCCCUGACUGGAUGAACAUAGACGACUUGGAGGAAUUGAAGGAGGAAGAGAAGCGACAAACUGGUUUUGUGAAGAUGCCAAAUAGUCACUACAUGCCGGUAACGAAACUGCUUCUUUCGGUGGCUGCUGAGGAUAUUCCUGCAUCGUCAGAGAUCCGGACACUUAUCAAGGAUAUUUAUGAUGUCAGGAGUUCGAAAUUUCGCUCUUUCAUGGACAGCUUCAUUCGUGGUGAGGAACAGAAGAUUAAGCUGAACAACCUGACAAGCCUAGAGAUCCACACUUGGACUCCCUUGUUCCCUCACGCUCUUGACUUUCUGGCACGCCUAAAGCAGGGAGCAGAGCAAGCCGCCUACAAUGCCAGUCGCACGAGAAAUUCCUCAACAUCUCACAACAUGCACUCCAGCACACACUCUUGAACGCAAUCCCAGACUGGUCUGCUCGC